AUAAAAGGCAACAAGGGAAAGGGGCGCCAUUUCCAUUUUUGAGUAAUUUUGCUGCAAUUGAAUUCAACUUUCUUUGCUCCAAAAAUGGAGGAAACCUUUGAUCCUGACCUAAUUCACGCCAUUUUUAAGCUCAUCUGGCGCAGAAAAGCCCUAGAAAGAGAAAAGAAUGAAGGCAUUGAUACCAUGGACGCUGAGGGAGCACCUGGGACUGCGAAAAAGGCUCGGCCAACAUCUGCAGCGAAUGCGACUGCCGUGAAAUUGAGUUGUGAGCUACUCCGAAUCUUUAUCACAGAGGCCAUUCAAAGGGCUGCUGCUAUCGCCGAAACAGAAGGUCUUAACCACAUAGAAGGAACCCAUUUGGAACGCAUUCUUCCACAACUACUGCUGGAUUUUUAAUGCAAUAUGAGGACAACUUUUUGUACAAUCCAAAAAAUUGAUUUAGAGUGAGGAAAAGUUAGCAGCAUCUGAUCUUUCUUACCUAGAUGUUUCUAUACCUGUUAAAAUGUUCGUUCAAUUUUGCUUAAUAAUAGCAGCAUCGUUGCAAAAUUAAGCUGUUUGUAAUUUGGUUUCCUCGUGAUUUGUGAAUAACUCUUCAUUUGACACCUGAUUGUGCUUAUCAAAGAAAGGUUCAAGUAUUUUCAUUUAUCAAAAAUAGCAGUAUUUAUAUGUUGCACUAGGAAUUAUAUGGAUGUCUUUGAUUCAAAUACAUAACGAUCAACACUAGCAGUAUAUAUGCUGUACAUGUUCAGAUACACUAGAUGUUUCUUCCUAUUGUAGAAUACUUGCUGUGUCUGCCGCCAUUCCUAUAGAAGACGUAGCUUAAACUAAUUUGACUUAUUUGAGACAACAUACCCUUGAUAGCCUUACUUUUAGGCCGUUGUUAGGAUCAUCAAGGAUGUAAUUGCAAACAAUUUUUAGGGGUAAUUUACUAUGCUAUUGUAAAUAGAUCAGGGGCUAGGCUGUUCUGAUCAGGCAAGACAGGUUUACUCUAAAUUUAGGGGUAUGGAAUUUUCAGGACAUACCUUGUUUAUCAGCUCAAGGUUCAUUGGUU